AUGUACUGUUGCAUCGCCUCACCGGAUACUGCUGCUGUCUCUCCCCCCUCUCCAGCCUCCCUCCAUCACCGACGCUUCCCCUCCGCUCCUCCAGCUUCACAGGGCAGCGACAUAAGCGUGCUGUGCGUAGCGGAGGCCGGUCGCCGUUCAUGGGGAUGGCAUGGACACUGUCACUCGGUCUGCAUCUCUGUCCCGACUCCAGCCCCGCAGCAGCACAGCAGCAGCAUCAGCAGCAGCAGCGCAGCACCGGCUAACGGCAUGAGGCUCGACCCAGUGCACUUCUCCAUGCUGGUCAUCGGGGUCUCGUUCGCCUGCUACGCCCCGAGCCUCAACUCCCUCCAGGACCAGGCUUAUCGCUCGGCCGUGGUGAUAGAGGGCGAGGUGAGCUCCUUCCCCGACAAAAACGCCACGUCCCGGGAGCCGUACAGUGUGAAUGUCAGAGUUCUGGACGUGUGGCCCGUCAACAGCGGGGGCCUAGAGCGGGAGCAGCUCGUCACCGUGGGGGACUUCGGCUCCGAGGCCCCGUGCACCCCCGUGGAGAAGGACCACCGCUAUAUCUUUUUCAUGGACCCCACUGGAGAGCCGCUGGUCUUCAAGGCUUCCUACGCCCCCGUGGACACCAGCGAGCCCGAGCUGAAGAAGGACGUGGAGCGGGUUUUGUGUGAGGACUGCGCUUCUUAUGAGAUGACGACUCCAGUCUUCACAUCAGGGCAACACUCUGCUUCUCCGUAA